AUGGAUCAAGUCUUCUUUCAGGUUCUGGCAGUGCAACUGCUGCUGGUGUCUGCUACUUUUGCAAAUACAUUAUACUUUCAACCAAAAACUGAAAUGGUUUGCCCUGACAACAAACACUCAUGUACCAGUGAUACCACUUGUUGUCUUUUGCCAGAUGGACAAUAUGGUUGCUGCAUGUAUGCAAAUGCUGUAUGCUGUUCGGAUAAUAUUCACUGCUGUCCCACUGGCAGCUACUGCGAUGUUAAUACAGGAAGCUGUGAUAAAGAUGGGGUCAAAUUUGAAUGGUCCAAAAAAGCACCUGCUGCUUUAUAUGUUCCAAAAGAAAAGAUGGAAAGCCAACCAGCUUGGGUUGAAAAAGCACCCCCCAUGAACCUGAAGUUGCAGGAACCUGCAAGCAUUCCAUGGUCUAGAAAAUUACCUGGACUGAAAAUGAAUUUCCAACAACCUGCAAGCAUUCCAUGGUCUAAAAAAUUACCUGGACUGAAAAUAAAUUCUUUGAAUAUUUCUACACUCCAGAUGCCUGUUUCUUGUUCUGUAUCACAAACACUCUGCAAAUCCAAUGACGGCCUAUCUGGAUGUUGCCCUUUCCCCAAUGCUGUGUGCUGUAAAAAAACCCAACAGUGUUGUCCAUCAGGUUUCCAGUGUAAUUUGAAAUCCUCCAAAUGUGAAAAACCAACAGAAGAAACAAGAAAAGAAAUGACAACUUUUAUAUCUGGACACACCCUGUUUGCCCUCAAAAAGCCUGUUGUGUGUCCUGACAUAACAACUACAUGUCUGGAGAAUAUGACCUGCUGUCUUGGAAAAGACUCCUAUGCUUGCUGCCCUUUGCCCAGUGCCACAUGUUGUGCUGAUCGUGUGCAUUGUUGUCCCAAUGGUUACACUUGUCAAGUUUCUGCUGGCACAUGUGUAAAGAAGCAAGUAGACAUGAUUUUGGUAAAGAUGACAAAAUGGAAAUCUGAACAGGUUUGUCCUGAUAUGGAAACCUCUUGCCCAGAUGAGUACACUUGCUGCCCACUUCAAAGUGGAUCGUAUGGCUGCUGCCCAUAUUCAAAGGCGGUGUGUUGUUCUGACAAUUUUCAUUGCUGUCCCCGAGGCUACACAUGUGAUGUGAGGGCUUCCAAAUGCCAGAUCAUAUCUCAGGGACUUACUUGUCCAGAUCAUCAAACGCAAUGUUCCAGUGGUAUGACAUGCUGUCAAAUUGAGGAACAUGUUUAUGGAUGCUGUCCAUUUCCUCAGGCUACUUGUUGUUCUGAUGAUGAACAUUGCUGUCCUUCUGAUUACACUUGUGAUCUAGCAGAUGAGAAAUGUGUGAUGGGUGACUCUCAAAUCCAAUUAUCUGCUGAAAUGAUUGUGUGUCCAGACAAAAUGACCGAAUGUCCAUCUCCAGGUACAUGUUGUCGUCUUCCAGAUGGUAAAUGGGGUUGUUGUCAUUACUCUCAGGCUACUUGUUGUUCUGAUGAUGAACAUUGCUGUCCUUCUGGUUACACUUGUGAUCUAGCACAUAGCCGAUGUGUGAUGGGUGACUCUCAAAUGCAAUUAUCUGCUCAAAUCGUUGUAUGUCCUGACAAAAUGUCUUAUUGUCCCUCUUCGAGCACAUGUUGUCCUCUUCCAGGUGGUAAAUGGGGUUGUUGUCCAUGGCCUCAGGCUACUUGUUGUUCUGAUGAAGAACACUGCUGCCCUUCUGGUUACACUUGUGAUCUAGCACAUAGCCGAUGUGUGAUGGGUGACUCUCAAAUGCAAUUAUCUGCUCAAAUUGUUGUAUGUCCAGACAAAAUGACUCAUUGUCCCUCUUCAUACACAUGUUGUCCUCUUCAAGGUGGUGGAUAUGGCUGUUGUCCAUGGCCUCAGGCUACUUGUUGUUCUGAUGAUGAACAUUGCUGUCCUUCUGGUUACACUUGUGAUCUAGCACAUAGCCGAUGUGUGAUGGGUGACUCUCAGAUCCAGUUAUCUGCUCAGUGGAUUGUGUGUCCAGACCUCAUUACCAAGUGCUCUACAUCGAACACAUGUUGUCGUCUUCCAGAUGGUAGUUAUGGCUGUUGUCCAUACCCUAGGGCAACUUGUUGUAGUGACCAUUUGCACUGUUGCCCCAAUGGCUACACCUGUAAUGAGGCAGAACAAGAAUGUAUCCAUCAUGGUAUUGACUACUCAGAACUGUCUAUUCCUCCAUCAACCCUUCAGUCAUCUAAUUCAGUCAAAUGUCCAGAUGGUACCACAUGUCAAGAUGGUACCACAUGUUGCUUUGCUGAAAAUGGCUAUUCAUGCUGUCCACUUCCUGAGACUCCCAAGACAGCAAAUGAAUUUCCUCUAGAAUUUCUCAUGGGCUCCCCCUCUUACUCUCUCUCUCCCUCUCGCUUACUCUCUCUCUCCCUCUCGCUUACUCUCUCUCUCCCUCUCGCUCACUCUCUCCCUCCCUCUCGCUCACUCUCUCCCUCCCUCUCGCUCACUCUCUCCCUCCCUCUCGCUCAUUCUCUCGCUCAUUCUCUCCCUCCCUCUCGCUCAUUCUCUCUCUCCUCUCAUUCUCUCCCCUCUCUCAUUCUCUCCCCUCAUUUUCUCUCUCUCCUCAUUUUCUCUCUCUCUCUCAUUUCUCUCUCUCUCUCAUUUUCUCAUUCUCUCUCUCUCAUUUUCUCUCUCUCUCUCUCAUUUUUCUCUCUCUCUCUCAUUUCUCUCUCUCUCUCUCAUUUCUCUCUCUCUCUCUUUUUUCUCUCUCUCUCAUUUCUCUCUCUCUCUCUCUCUCUCUCAUUCUCUCUCUCUCUCUCAUUUCUCUCUCUCUCUCCAUUGACAAGCUAA